AUGAAGUAUCCUGCCUAUUUAAAGUUCCAGAAUGAGACCCUUUUGCCCUGGUGGGACGGGGUCUCGGCCCGCCCUCCGCCCACCAUUGGCCCGCCGCCGCGCCGCCACCGGGGACCCCACCGGCCAUUCGUUAGCCGUCGCCCCACUGCCUCCACCACGUGCUCCGUGCACACUAGGCUUUAUUUCACGCGCCGUCACACCAAUCCAUUUAGUCGCUCACCCGACACGACGCGCGCGGCACCACUGUCAUUUGGGGGAUGUCGAUUGCGAUCGAUUGCGAUGGAUUACUGCACUAGUAUACCGGCCAUCGCGCUGUUCCGACCCGCCGGCACCGUGAUCGUGAGACUGAGGACGGAGACGGACCACUGCUGCAGGGCCAAGGCUUGCGCCGCACCGGAGUACGGCCGAGUGGUCCACAGACCGUCGUCAGCCUGUGAGCAAUGCGACAGGACUAGAUUAGUUAGCAAUUAUAGUGACUGUGAUAGUGAACUAGUGGAAAGAUGUCGACCUUACAGAACGGGCACGGCCAGAAGCAGAUACGUCAACGUUUGCGCGGCCGUCUGCCUACUGCUGCUUGUGGGCGGUCUGUCGCCCCGGUGCACCGCCGCGCCGCGCAGGAGCCGCGGCAUGGAGCGACAGAGGCGCGCCACCGACUCCACGCCGGAGAACCGCCUCUGGGCCAACCCCUGCGACUACAACAACUCCAAUUCAAAAUCAGCAGUAAAAUACUCGCCGAAACUUGCUAAGGACGUGGCUUCGCAAGCGAGGAACGCGCUCAAAUCGACUGCGCAGUACAAAGACAAAUUCGCGUUAAAAUUGCACAGUUACCCGAGUUUUGACGAGUUGCUGCAAGCUUGGACCGGGUACGAUUGGCUACGGAAAUUCCCCUGGUUCCGCGAGGAAGUGCUACCUAAGGAGAAAGUCCUUAACCAGCAAAUGGCCGACGAGUACAUGAACCUGUUAAUGGAUCAUAUUGAUGAAGUUCUGCCUUCGAUGUACAAGGGACUAAAAAUGAUUGUUGCUGGCUUGUACGCGAUCAGCAAUGAGGGACUUAACGAUAACAUUAUCUCCGACAAGUGUCUAAAAGAAAAAAUCAACCAGACUAUGCACGACGUCCGAGCAGUCCUCUGUUUGUUCAAUGAUAUAAUGAAGUCAAGGAACUUGGAGAUAAUGCCACUACCGGACUCGGAAAUUCCCGAUUUUAAGACGGAGGACAAACUGUCCGUUGGUCUUCUCGUCUACAGGGACACCCUUAACUACUUGGAGUACCUGGCACAGGUGUUCCAGAAGAUGUACGAGACGGCACCCAAGCAAGAU